AUGCGCCCACUCCUCAUAACCCUCGACGCCUUCAACACCCUCAUAACCCCGCGCCUUCCCAUCCCAGCCCAAUACGCCUCCUCCGCAGCAAAACACAACAUCCCCCUCUCCGCCUCAACACUACAACCCGCCUUCCGCUCCUCCUUCAAAGCGCUCUCGGCCUCGCACCCAAACUACGGACGCGAGCUUGCCCUGCGCGGGGACUACGCGGGACCGCGACAGUGGUGGGAGGACGUAAUACGCGGGUGUUUUGAGCGAGCGUUGCGGGAGAAUGACAGUCCCGAUUUGAGGGGGAAAGCCGUGCCGGAUGCCUUGGUUGAGGAUUUACUGGACCGGUUCGCGAGUAAGAGGGGAUAUAGGCUUUUCGACGAUGUAGGGCCGUUUUUGAAAGCGGUCAGGGCGCAGAGCAGGAAGGUUGUUAUCGGGGUUGUCUCGAACUCGGACGAUCGGAUUUCGUCCGUGCUGGAUUCGCUGGGUGUUUCUGUACGCGAUGCACGUGCCGGCGAGGAGAAGACGGCUUCUGGGCAUGACUUGCCUGGGUUUGAGGGGGAGAGAGAGACCAAGACGGCUCAGGACCAGCACCGAGAGCAGAACGACAUCGACUUCAUCCUAACGAGCUACCAGGUUGGUGCUGAGAAGCCGGACCCGUUGAUCUGGGACGUGGCGACGCGUACGGCGAAUCGAUUGGCUGGUGAAUCUGGAUCUGGUACAGGGCCUGAUGGCUGGGAGUGCAUUCAUAUCGGCGACGACUACGGCAAGGACUAUCGCGGCGCUGGUAAUGCGGGCUGGGGGGCGUACUACCUGGCGCGGGAUGCUGAGGCCGCCGCACAGGCCCCGGAGGGUACGAGGGUGAUUACAUCGUUGUUGGAUCUUCUACCAAAGCUGGGAGCAAGUGAUUCUCAACAAUAG